AUGGAAUUACCCGAUUUUACAGCAGCUGAUCCAGCAUAUAUAGAAACUAAGAGAGCUGAACUUAAAGAAUUCUUUAAGGGUGCUAAAUUUCCUCAGAGUGUUAUUGAUAAAGCCAUUGAAAAUGAACUCAAGCCGCUAACUCAAGGAGUUAAUGUAGAGAGGCCGUAUAUAGCCGCCUCAGCAUCAGGAAUUUUGAAGUCAGAAUAUGAAGUCAUGACAGGUCAACCAUUUACCAAUGUUGAAGAUCACAACAAGCCAUUGACUACGGAAGAAAUUAAGCAUAUCAUUAAAGAUAGUCCUAUUAUAGUUGAAAAAGCUCGUCAAAUACAAAUAGUUAUUAAUCAAGAAUCGCAUAAAGAUAUCGCUGUACCACUAGACAAGAUAAAUUUAUCUAAUUAUGAUGAUAUUCAAACAGCUCUCAAAUCAACUGAUGGUGAUAUUAAAAAGCAAAAUACAAUAAAAUACAAAAGUAUGCAGGUUUUGAUGAACGCUGCAGCGGAAUAUAGAUCAAAAAGUCAAAUAUACCAGUCACAUGUUGUGACCGAGGAAACUGUGCCUGAAGAAACAGAUUCAAGCGAUGAGAAAGAGUUUGAAGCUAUUGAUAAAGUUGUUACGGAAUGCACUAACAAAUCUUAUGAAACAAGGUUUCUAGAAACUAAGGAAAUGUUACAGCAACUUGCAGAUAAACACGAAGAUCCUAAUGUAAAGGUUAGAGAAUGUCGUAAAUUAGAGAUAGAAAAUAAUCCAAUUUUAAAGGAAUCGUCAUAUUGUCUGGUAAAACCACCAAAAGGUCAAUCAUCUUUUGAUGGGAUUAAAGAAAGUUACGCCAUUAACGAUGCUUUAAAUAUACCCUUGAAGGACAAUCCAAUCAAUCUUGAUCUCAGCGGUAAAGUUAAAAAGGAUCUAGGCUCAGAUAAAUCUAGGAGCAAUAACGAAAAUGUUGAAGAAAUAUUUCCUAAAAGUUUUGAAGUUAAACUUAAAGACACCGAAAGGGUUCUUAGUAAAAUAAAUUGUAUUUUAAGUAAAGAUGACCUUAAUACUAAUAAAAGUAAUAACAACGACACUGAAUCAUUACGUUCUAAAUCAGAAGACAUAAAUCAAGUUCAACCACUUAACGACACAAGCAACAUAGUCACAAUUAGUAAUCAGAAAGUUAAAUAUGAUGACAAAAUGGAAGAAACUCUACACAACGCUCUAGAAAGCAUUUUUGAAAUGAAUAAAACUGAAACUUCUGAAAAUAAUGAACUUGAGUUUAAGGAAAUGAAAAAUUUAGCUCGGAAUAUUGUAGAAGGCGCUGAAAAUCUAAGUACACUUAUCAAAGAGGAUAUAACAAAUAAACUAAAUAGUAUGAAUGAGUUACUUAAUGAUGUCAAUGAAGCUUUAGAAAAUUCUAGAAAAUCUAGUCUUGCUUAUAAAAAACUAAAAGAAGAGGGUGAGGCUCAAAAACGUCUUAGGGAAAAAACACAGGACAAUGUACACGAAAAUAUAAAUAGUUCUGAUAAAGAACAGAAAUCUGUUUCUCAAUUAGAAAUAGAUGAAAUACAUACCGCAAUAAAUAAGUUAAACGCUGAAAUUAAAUGUCACGAAAACAGAGUUAAUACUAGUAAAGCUAAUUAUGAAACAAGAAACCAAGAGUGUAAGGACUUUAUAAAAGAAUUGGACGGGGUUCUAGAGAAAUCUCAUAGCAUUUUGCAUCCAAAAUCUUCUACCAGUACACUACAAGAAGUUGUUUCUACCAGUGUUGAAGAAGUAAUACCAGAUGAUAUCAAUAAAGAAAAAGUAGAAAGAAGCAAAAAGAUUGAUAGACUUUUGUAUGACAUAAAAGAUAAAAUGAAGGGAAAUAAAGAAGUGUUACGUCUUGCAAAUAGUUUGUUAAGGAGGGAGGAAAAUAAAACAAACUCCACGAUUAAAGCGAUAUCUGAUGUUAGAACAGACGACAAAGCGAAGGGUGAUUACGCGCGCCAUCAUGAUAGUUUAGAGAAAACUGAAGAUCAAGAUAGAACAUCGUUACCAUCACCAGUUGAAGAAUUAACAGAUAAAAAGGAAGAAGAAGAAGAAGAAGAUAAGAAAAGGCGCGAGAAAGAAGAAAAACGAAAAGAAUUUCAAAUGAAAAUUGACAAGGAAUUAGAGGAAAUGAACAAGAGCCCGCGAAUGACGAAGGAAUUUAUUAGAAAUCUUUGCAAGCAGCACAAGUUGUACUGCACACCUUACUUGAAUGACAUACUUUAUUUACACUUUAAGGGAUUUUCGAAAAUCGAAAAUUUAGAAGAAUACACCGGCUUGAAGUGUAUCUUUUUAGAAAAUAAUGGCAUUCAAAGAAUCGAAGGUCUAGAUGCGUUGUCGGAACUCAGAUGUCUCUACCUACAUUACAACAUUGUGAGGAAGAUCGAAAAUUUGGAAGGUUGUCCAAAAUUGGACACUCUGAACCUAGAUCACAAUUUUGUGACGAAAAUUGAAAAUUUAAACGUUGUACCCGAUCUGCAGACUUUGAGCAUCAGUCACAAUAUGUUAAGCAGUGUUGAUGACCUAGACCAACUGAGACAUUGUAAAAAUCUAUCAGUUUUGGAUUUGUCUUAUAACCGUAUAGAGGAUCCUCUGAUUGUAGAUGUAUUAGCUGAUAUGGCAUUACUAAAAGUAUUGGUACUAACCGGAAAUCCCGUAGUUCGCAACAUCCCAGCAUAUCGCAAAACGUUAACCCUUCGGCUGAAGGAGUUACUGAAUCUAGAUAAUAGACCAGUCUUUCCGCGUGACCGCGCCUGUGCAGAGGCGUGGCAACGAGGUGGUGUGCAAGAGGAAGUUGCAGAGAGACGGCGGUGGAUUGCUAAAGAUCAAGAGAAGGUUAUGGAGAGUGUGAAGUAUUUGAUAAAGAUGAGAGAUGAAAACAAAGCGAAAAGGGAAGCGCGCGAAAAGAAGGAACGAGAGGAAAAGGGACUUCCCCCGGUGGAGACAAAGCCUAACGAUUUGUUGAUAUUAUUAGUUCAUAAAUCUGACGUCAAUGUUCUACAAGACAAACAUAGAUCAGUCUAUAUUAAUGUUCAGGAUGAUGAAAUAGAAUCUCAAGAAAACGAAAAUAACGACGAACCUGAGGAGUUAAAUGUAAAUGUAAGUGACUAUAAAACAAAGUCUGAUGCAACAGAAGAUUUACUAACUGAAUCAGAACCCAAUGACACUACCAGUGAAAGCGAUUCUAGUGAUAGUGAAAAUAAUGCAAAUGCGGAAAAUGUGAAUAAAAUUGAAUGGUCUCAAAUGGAUAAAGGAAAGCGUCUUAUUCAGGAGUUGAGAGAGGAACAGAGUUGUGAUGAUCAGUGGGCUGGUUUUAAUGUCCCUUCAAUUACUAGUGACAGCAAAACUUCGUCUGACUUGAAUGCUAUUAAUGAUUUGCUGUUUAAUCAAAGUCCGCACCAGAAAAGGAAAGAAAGUGUAGAACAUUCUGUAAAAGAAACCAACAUCGAACAAACAGAGAAUGACGAACCUGUGAAAAGAAAGCCUCUUAUUGAAAUAAUCGAAUCAUAUAAUAAAAGAGCAGAAGAAUGUGAAAGAAGUAAAAAUGCUAGAAAAGUUGUGGCUGAAGAAGUUGCAACAACAAUCGACAGAAAUGAAAAGAAAUUAGUUAAGAAAAAGAAUAAUUCAUCAAAAAUCACAAUAAUAGAAGUUAAUAAUGGGGAAAAUGAAGAAGAAAAAUCAAACAAUUCCAAAGAUGUGAAGAAUAAUGAUAAUAAUAUAGAAGCAACACAAAGUGAUAUUAACAAAGAAACAAAACAAAAUAUUUAUACAGAAAAUGUUAAGCCUCACGCGAGUCGUCAACAUGAUAUGGAGAUAAGCGAAUCAGUUACAGAUGAUGGUGAUGGUAUAGCCCUAAUAAAAUACACGAAUCAAAUGUGUUCUAAGACCGAAGACGAUAAUUUAGAUUUAAAACCCAGUGACGAGGACUUGGAAAUAUUUGAAGAAAUUGAGAAGGAACAGAUGGAAAGAGAAGCUAGGGUUGCACGAGGAGAGCCGGCUGUUGAUCCGAUGAUUAAACAUUAGAAGCUGUACGACGCGAAUAUCAUGGAGGAGUUCCACAAGGCACAAGAGCCGGUCCCCGCGCACGCACUUAAAGAAAAAAAAUUCGUCACGAGUUAUGACAAGCAUAACGCAUACGAUCGUGCCGCUUUUAGCCAGCUCACGCACGGCGAUGUUCCAGAUGAGACCAAAGUUAAACUAACACAUGUACCUGGAGCUGUGCUGUAUGAAUAUGUAGAGAAACAGUAUCCACCAACUGAAGUAGAGUACAAUAUUGGUAAUGAAGAGGUUGAAUCUGCACCUUCAUCAGGAGAUACAGAAUCGAUUCACAUUUCAAAUGAUUCAGAUGCAAGUAGUUCUGAGAGCGAUAUAUUAGAAUCUCCUAGGCUGAGAAAUGCACAAAGUAAGCCCGCGAGACCGUCGACUGCAACCACAAGACGUGGAAGUAAACUGGUAAAGGAUGAUACUGACGGUAACAAUAGAAAUAAUGGUAUGUCUAAAACAGAUAAGAAUUUCGAAGGUAUGUCUAGUAACUAUCAGUCGUCAUAUGAAAUCUUCAGUAAUAUGGAUCGUGAUGAAGCGAAGAAAUCAAUUAUAAGUACAAUUAAUUCUUAUGACGACAACAGAUUCCCUUCGCAAGGCAUCAAUUAUUCUGAUAUGGAUGAAAACGCUCAUAUCGAGGAUUCAGUGGCGACGGAAAUCCUGCAGAAAACUAUAAAGUAUGAGGAACAAGAAAUGUACAAGCAGUUGGGCGAGGUCACCUCACACGCGAGCAGGGUCGACAACACCACAAACGCUAUCAUUGAACAAAUAUCGGACGAGUUGGAAAAUGAGUAUAGUCUUCCAGAAGUAUCGCGUAUACUCGAAACACAUAUACACGAAGAGGAGCUUCACCGUCGUACUCUGAGAUACGUCAACUAUAUCCCAUCACCGACAGAAUCCAUAGCUGAUGAUGACGACACCCUUACAACAAGUCGAGAUGUUACACUAGAAGACACAUUGACGGAAAACAAUAAACAAGUCGUAGAAGAGAAUGAAAACUUUCCAGAAGCAAACGAUUCUGGUAUAUGCAAUGAUUCUGUAGGUACAGAGGAAGUGAAUGAGAGAAAAGAAUUUGAUGGUGUUAAGGUGAAUGGCGAUGAAGUCAAGUCUGAGACUAAUAAUUCAAAACUAGACGCAUCAGCUGAUGAAGAGGUAUUUGAAGAUUGUGUCGAUGACAUAAAUAGUUCGAUGGAGAAACUGAGAAUUGAUGAUUCUGCUGAGAAUUACACGUUAGAAAUGAAAUUGGCGCUUGGAAUUAACAAGGAUUAGAAAUGACAUAGAGCUUGGGAUGAUAAGGAUUAGUGUUUUUUAUAAAGCAGGAUAUAAAGGAAUUUUUGUUUGUUUUUGUUUUCAAGUUAAUUUGGUUUUUGUUUGAUUAGAAUUUUUGUUUUUGAGUGCACCGUCACGGAGUUGACUUAGUUGGACAUGGGUGAGAAUAAAUUGUUUUAAACAUU